UAUCACGGGACGACGGCGACGGCGACGGCGACGGCGACGACGGCGACGAAUACAGCAUAAUAAGGUCCGGAGCAACUCGCCUCGGGAAAACGUUCCUGGGAACGGUUCACACCUUCGUCGACGGGACGGAGUCGCAGGGCAUCCUCCAGAAUCCGGCAGAAGAUACAGGAUCAUGUCAUCCGAAAUUGUAAAUAAAAGUUUAAACGAAGAAGAGAAAUUACCUCCAGAGUGCUAUCAAGAGGAUGCUCUUUAUUAUGAUGAUUAUCAAGAAGAAGAUGAAAAAGGUCCAUGUAAGACUCAUGAACAAAAACUCCAAAGGCUCGAACAAUUGGAUAAUCAAAGAUGUUGUCCGUACAAACUUAGAGAAGUGUAUCCUAACAUUGAAGUAAUAACUCGAGAAGAAUUGGAAGAACAAGCCAAACGAAUUAAACAAUUUAAAGAGCAAAUGGGGGAUGAAGGAUAUGAUAAAUUGGACAAACCUUUAAAUGAUACUGAGAAACAAGAGGAAGAAAAUAAGGAUAAAUUUAAAUAAAUUUAUUUUUUUAAUCAUUUAAGCGUCUUUGACACGUUUAAAUUAAAGAAAACACUUGAUCUUUUAAAAGAUGUUGGUUCUAGUUUUAUAGAGAAAGAAUGGAAUAUUUCAAUAAAACGAUGCCAAUUCUUCAACUAAUGUAAA